AUGGCUCAAUCGCCUUCAUCAGAAGUGCUUAAGAAGUCAGCUGAAUCCCAUAACCAUAGUCUUAUUGAUACUAACCAAUUGGAACUGUUGAAGGAACCGCUUGAACAGAGAGCUUCAAAGGAAGGGAAGGUUAUCGUUGAUGGUUCUGAGUAUCAAGCCAUUACUGAACGAGCUGCUAACCCGUCUAAAGAACAUUUACAACUGAAGGCUCAAGCCUUAGGUCUUGCCUUAAUUGGAGCAUCUGAAUUGAAGGAGCUUAGUCAACCCUUGGAAGCUAAAGCUACUAAGGAGAAUAAAAUAUUGAUUACUCAUGAUGAUCAUAAGGCCCUUGUGAAUCCAAGCAUUGAACGGAUCAGUGAAUUGGCGUCGGAACACCAUAAAGUAGUCGUUGAUCAAUCGAGUUAUAGUGAAUUGUUAGAGUCUAGUAAAGUACCACUUGAAGAAAGAGCAGCUAAAGAUAAUAAGAUCUUGAUGGAUGUUGAAGAAGUACAACUAUUAAGACAACCUACGAUUGAAACGUUAGAGGCACAUGCUGGUCAAUUGAAUCAUGUGAUUAUACCCAAGGAUACUUUGAAAGAAUUAAACAGUAAAGCUGAAGAAUCUCUUGAAGUAAGAGCCGAACAAGCCGGAGUUAAAUUAUUGAGUGAUAAACAAUAUGAUGAAUUACUCAUUAAGGCCAAUAAGCCCAGUCUUGAAGAAAUCAAACAACGAGCUAAAAGUGCUGACCAUGUGGUAGUACCACUUGAAGAAUAUAAUGAACUUCAAGUAUCGCUUGAAGAAAGAGCUCGACAACAGGGGAAAGUAGUUGUAGAAGAAUCAGAAUUCCAACAUCUUAAAGAUAUAGAAACUAUACAACAACGAUAUGAGAAUCUGGAAGAAUUUACCUUUGCAGAUGCUGAAGAUUCAUUUGUUUUGGAUUACAUGAUCAAUUGGUAUGUAAUGAAAGUAUAA